GACACAAGGAAGGUUAUUUAUCUUGUCUCGACCAAAUGUCAUAACCUACUGGGUUGUGUAGCGCUUUGUCAGGCACAAUCAACCCUACGAUGAGCUAGCAACUUCCGCCCACCUUCGUGAGGAGGGUGCGUGCUUCAGCCGUGUCACCUGCUAGAUGCACGAUUUCAUUAUUUCACACAUGAGUGCGUAGUUAAACAAUAUAGCUACGCGUGUUGUUUUCAGGUCAUGCGUAGGAUUUAGACAAUAGAGGUGCAAGAUGUUCGAGGGUGUGGUAGCAUACCUGUUGAACAAGUACCUCGGAAAAUACAUCAAGGACCUCGACAGCGAGAACCUCAACGUUGGAAUCUUUAAUGGAACUGUACAACUGACGGACUUGAAGUUAAAAGCGGAGGCCCUGUAUGAGCUGGAACUUCCGAUUGAGGUCAAAGCAGGAUGCAUUGGCAAAGUGUCGGUGGACAUCCCCUGGCUGUCACUCUCGUCGGAGCCUGUGCUGGUCCACGUGGAGGACGUGCUCAUCCUGGCUGGUCCCGUGACGGACGAGCCCUACGAUGCCGAGAAAGAGCGACUGCUCGCCAGGGCCCGCAAGUCCAGGAGGCUCGAGCUCAUGGAGGAACCGUUUGCGGACAACGACCUCGAUAAGCCAAGAGGUUUCUUUGAAAAUCUCAUCGGCACCAUUGUUAACAAUGUGCAGGUGUCGGUGCAGAACGUCCACAUCCGCUACGAGGACACCGUGACCAGCCAGAAGUUCCCGUUUGCCUGUGGAUUUGUCUUGCAGUCUCUUACUGCCAUCACCACGAGCAGCAAAUGGAAGCCCAUUCAGCUUGAUUCCGCCUCCAAGACCAUCUACAAGCUUGUGAAGCUGGAAUCAUUUUCUAUCUACUGGAGUUCGUGCUGCUCUCCCGAUGGUCUUAUUCGUCUUCAGCUUCCCUCGUCAAACUGGAGAAAUUUGAUGAGGAAAGCUCUGCAGACGUUCAGCGUUGGAAAGGAUGACUUUGAGUUCAUCCUCAAGCCUAUUUCAGCCAAAGUGAAGAUAAUCUUCAACAAAUCCUUGGAGUCAAAGAUUCCAAAACUGCUCGUGGAUGUCCUCUUGCAAGACGUCGCAACACAGUUGUCUCGGCAGCAGUAUCUGGGCAUGAUCCUGCUGAGAUGGUCUUUCGAGCUGAUGGAGAUCAACCAGCGGUACAGGAAGUACCACCCCAACGUUCCAUGCAAGGGCCACGCCAGGGAGUGGUGGAAGUAUGCCUACAACUCGGUCAUCGGAGAAUAUGUGCGGCCAUUCUCUUGGAAAGCAAUAAAGGAGCACCGGCGAGUCUAUCGUCAGUACAAGGAGCUGUUCAUGAAGCGCCUGCAGAUGCCCAAUGACACGGAAGUGAGGGUGGACGUACAAAUGCUGGAGGACAAGCUGAACAUUGCCAAUGUGCUCAUGGCCAGAGAAGAAGCCAAGUUAGAGCUGCUUCGAAGCGAGCCGAACCGCGCCGUGCCACGGAAGAAGGAGAAAGGCUGGUGGGCGUCCUGGUUUGGCGGCGGAGACACGGAGGUGGAGCCUGAGGAAGAGAUUGAAGUCAUCGGGGAGCGGGAGAGAAGCUUCUGGUCGCGACUGACCCCCGAAGAGAAAGAGAAACUCUACGAAGCCAUAGAGUAUGCGGAUGCUUCGACUGAAGUCCCGGAGCACUACAUUGCUCACAAGAUUAACUUCACGCUGGCCAACUGCACCCUGUCCUUGGUGGGGAGGGGCCGGAACCAUGAGGUGCUGGUAGUGACGCUCACCCAGUUCCUGACCAGCCUCGAGACCCGGCCCGGUGGGGGCGCCUUCAAGAUAUCGGCGCGCACAGAGGGCUUCGUUGUUGAGGGGGCCUCUAACGACCACGACCUUGUGACGGUUCUCUCGGUGGACAAGUCGGCCAAUGACACGUCACCCCAGUAUGUCUUCGCCCUCGACUUCGAGCGAAAUCCACUGGACAUCGAGGCGGACUAUGGUUUGAUGUUGUACGCUGAACCGGUAGAAGUCGUCUACCACGAGCACUCCGUGUCAGAACUGCUGACGUUCUUCAGCGUGCCGACCGUGUCGGCCGAGGACCUCCGGAACAUGGCCGUGGAACAGCUCAGCUCGCUGGUCACGUGGAGUCGAACGGGCCUCCUUUAUGCUCUCACGCACCGGAGGACAUUCUUUGUCAACAUCGAGUUCAAGUCUCCAUACUUCGUUGUUCAUGAGCACGGAUCAUUUCAAAAGAGUGGGAAUAUCCUUGUGAUUGACAUGGGGAAACUCAGCUUUAAAAGCGAGCUGCAAGGUGAUUCACUACUGCUUGAGGAAGCAACAAAAAUGGAAAUUGAAGAGAAACUUUACGACCGGUUCAACAUUUGUCUCUCGGACAUUCAGGUGCUCUUCACAGAUUCAGGAGACGAGUGGAGGAUGGCCAGGCUUUUGCCGGAGUCUGAGAUGCACCUCAUUCCAAAGAUCAAACUCCAGGCCCUCUUCUCGAACAGCGUCAAGCCCGACUAUCGGUUUCUGCCAAGGCACAAGCUGAACGUCUCAGUCUCGAGCCUCAAGUUAAACCUGUCUGACAGGCGACUUGGACAGUUAAACGAGUUUGCACACAACUUCCCAUUUCCCGGGAUCAUUCCAGCAUUGCGAAAUGACAUGGUUGACGGCGCUGGUGGCGGCGAAGACCUGGAAAGCCUCGUUUCUCACCGUUUCAAGAAGGACGAGGACACCAAAAUGGACCCCACCACGGAAGAGUUGAAGCUGAUGCGCCACCACAUCAACAGGCCUCCUGACGCUGGAGGGGGAAAGCACUCACGCUCGUCCACGCAGCUUUCCAUCGCAGGCUCGGAGCAGUACCUCUCCGCGUCCGACUACUCUGACGAGGAGCAGGAGGUCUGGGGGCGAGCGCUGGACGUGCCGGGGUUCGACGACAACGUCUCGGCGAGCAACACGGUCAACUCGCUGCUGCGCUUUGUCCUGGGCGAGGUGGCCCUCCACCUGUCCCGCUCCAGCGACCAGCUGGACAAGCCCUACCUCAUGCUCCGGCUGGACAAGCUGUGCGCCGACGUGGCGCUCAUGGAGUAUGGGCCAGCGGUCCAGGCGAGCAUCAGCGGGAUACACCUGGUCGACAAGCUGCACAUUGGACCUACUGGAGAAUACCUUGAGCUGUUGAGCUCAAAAGCAAAUGGAGACAUGGUUUCUAUGCUCUACCGUAAGGUAAAAGCUAGCUGUCCAGAGUUCAAGUCUGACUUCCACCAAGUGGAGCAUUCCCUGAUUGUGGACUUGUCCUCACUUUCCAUCACUUUCCAUCGGGAAGCUCUGCUUACUCUGGGCAGAUACUUGCUCUAUGUUUACCAAAAGCUGAACAUCAAGGAACCAGUGUACAGAAACAUCAUUCCCGAGUCGGCAGUGAAGCGGGCCAGCUACUUGUUUGUGGAGGACUCCGAUCCUCCAGUGCCUCCCGGCUCCACAAAACUGAGUCUGUCCCUCCGGGUUCGAGAGGUCAAAGCCAGACUCUGCGACGUGGAUGUCGAGCUUGCCGACAUCUCCAUCUGCGGUCUCGAAUGUGACUACGUACAGAAAGCAAACGAAAAGUUAAUAGUGCGCGUUGAUCUGACGCAUCUGUCCAUCGAUGACCUGAUGGAGUCCACCCUUUAUUCCAAGGUCUUGUCCAUUGAAGAUGACAAACUCUUCGACUUUAAGUAUGUGAGAAAGGCUCCACACACGAGAGCAGUUGACGUGGACGAAGACAAAUCCAAGAUCGUUCCGGAUGGUAAUGUUCGGCUGCACAUCGGUCGGUUGCAGCUGGUCCUUCUCCGGAGGUUCUUUGUGGACGUCCAGAGGUUUCUGGAGCCCUUCCUUCUGCCCGAAGCAAGGUCUCUCAUGUUCCAGUCAGCAGAGAAGGCUGUUCAACAGCAGGUGGCUGAUUUCGCUCAGAAGUCUGUGAUGCUACAGCUUUCGAUUGACAUCCGCGCUCCGACCAUCCUGGUCCCCCAGAAGUCCGACUCUCCCAAUUUGGUGGUGCUCAGUCUGGGAGACCUGAACAUGGAGAACUUCUUCAAGGAGGUCUCCCUGGGGGCCAAGCCUGACUAUGUGGACAACAUUCUCAUCCGUCUCAGUUCCCUGCACAUGACAAGGGCAAUUGUCCUGUUGGAUGGAACCACUCAGUCACAGGAAUCUAUCCUGGAGCCCACCAAGUUAAACCUGGACAUUAAGAGGGCCCUAACCCCUUACCACCGAAACAUCUUGGAGUAUGAAGUACGAGGAACCAUGGAUCUGAUCAAGAUCAGCAUAGGUCAGAAGGACCUGGGCACGAUCCUUGCAAUCUUCAGAGACAACUUCAAGGAGAAGGAGGUUAUAGAGCCCCACAAACAAGCCUCCACACCGGUCUCUCCUCCUGUCUUGGCAACUCCCACGAUUACGGAUGAUCCGGUGAAGAAACUUGCAACGUUUUUGACCACCUCUGUCGACGUCUACAAGAAGACCAACAUCUUCUUUACAAUGGAAGGGCUCCACAUUGUGUUGUAUGCAGAUGGCGAAGACGUUCAGCUCUCGUCACCGGUACGAGACCCCCUGCAGAUGCUUUCAAAGUUGGAGCUCGAAGAAGUCACCGUCAACUUUGACCUCUGUAGCGAUCAGUCGCUGGAGGUGAAGUGUUCUCUACAGAGCCUUUCGUUAGAAGACACACGCAGUGACUCAACACUCGUGCACACAAGGGUUUUUCAUUCGAGCAGCGGAAGUUCUGACGCUGCAGCCACGGGAAUUAAUGUCAGCUCGCCUAAUAUGAUUGACGUCACAUACCGACAAACGCCCUCUGGUGAUGCAGCCGUGGACGUGCUGAUCGAAGAGACCUCGCUGAAGGUGUCUGUGCCCUACCUGCUGGCAGUGCUGAGCUUCGUGCACGAGUCCCUCCUCCCGCCCACUCCAAGCGAGCACGAGCUCCGCCCCAUAGUCGAGGGCGCCGGCGCCGCCCGGCAGCACGGGGCGGCGGCGGCGACCUCGCGAAAGCGCCUUCCCUCGGACAACACGAGCGGCUACCACUCGGCGGUCGGCGCGCCCGCCCCGGAGGACGGCGCCAGCGGACUCUCCUUCUCCCUCGUCCUCAAGAAGCCGGAGAUUGUGUUCUUUGCCGACCCUCGCGACCGUGAAAGCGAGGUCAUUGUCCUGAAGAUGGACAUAAUGUUGGACUACUGCCGCAACCUUGGGCAGCACACGAUGACGGCAUCUGUGAUUGGCCUGAAUGCUUCCUCAUUCCUUUGGGGCAGAAAAAAGGACACCCACUACCUCAUUCUAAAGCCCUUCAACAUUGAGCUGAAUCAGACCCUGAGCAUCAGCGAUGCGGAUGUAAAGUUGUCUGCCAAAAUGAGCGAUGUUGCCGUUCACAUUUCUGCUCCUGUGCUGUCCACCGUGGUGUGCAUUAUGGGCGAGCUUCUUGCACACAUCAAGGGCGUGUCAGCCCAGGAUGACUUGUCACCUUCCCAAGGAGAGUCUGAGCCUCACGAUCUGUGGUGUCCAACAGCUGUGAGCCCACCCAGGUGUCGCUCAAGCCAAGAUGACGCGUCAGGACACGAAAGGCCGACGUAUCCGGUCAGCAUACCUGCGGAGUCUUUAGAAAUCAGCAUUCCCAAGGUCACGCUCGUCUACGAAAACUACACGGUCAAGAAAAAGGUCCCCGUCCUGUUCUUCCAGGCGUCGGUAGAUGCCGAUGUCCACGACUGGUCCAAGCAGAUGUACCUGACUGCAGAGGCCAAGCUAGAAGCACUGUAUUACAGCGAAGAGCGCAGCACCUGGGAGCCACUCAUUGACCCUGUUAUGGAGCUUGAGAACCACUACAGACCUUGGGAGCUUGUUAUAAAGAUGUUCAAAGACCGGAGCUAUCCAAUCUUGUCUGCGCAAGACAGCCGGGGCUCAAACAUGCUCGUGGAUAUGAUGGACGGAACGGAAGAGAACUCCAACGCAUCGAAUGGGAGCAUGACGUCUUCGGACGAUGCCAGCGAGGAAGAGACAGAGAUGACGGUCAUCAGGAAGCACCCUGCCCCACGAAGCAAGCGGGCCCUGAGUCAGAAGUCGAGGGACUCCUCUACUCUGGUGGCGGUGGACUCGGACUCGGAGAAUGACGAGAAUGUCCUGCAGAGGAUCGCACACGCGUUUGGACACCUCUUCUCGGACCAGAGCAGCGAGGGCGAGCAGAGCGACGAAGGUGAAGGGGCCCCCGACGUGAAGUCUGAAUCGGAAGAGACGGAGACCGCAGACAACGAGAUUUCCACGACAGAUGACCGGCCAGUCUUCCUGGGAAAAGAGGACGCACCUGAUUCUACCGUCUGCGGUUCGAGCGAGGCUACCCUUUCUACCUACAUUCUUAUCGACUCUCGUGACGAGCUCAACAUAAACGUCACGCCUACUCUAACUCAGAUCAUCUCGAGGCUUCUCAAUGAUAUUGAGCGGCAGAAGACGUCGCGCUUGAUGUCCGACCCUGAUGCUUCUUCCGGACCCCUUGCAAUCAACAAUCUUUUGGGCCCAGAAGCACUGGUCUCUAUACUGCGAAAGGACGAAAACGAGAGGUUCGUGGUUGUUGACCAAGCCUGGGGGCAAGCCCCUGCAUUCAGCCCAACAACCUCCAUGGUUUCACCGCUUCCACUGAAGACCGAUGUUGGGAGUUCUUUUCAAUAUGGCCUUCAGUCUAGGGACUCUGAAGCUGUGACGACACCCCAGGGCUCUCAUCUCAUUUUCCAAGAUAAGCCGUUGUGCGACCUGUAUAAGGAGAGGACAACGGAAAAGAUUUCUUUGGAGGUUGCUGGCUUCGAGAAGUUUCAGUGUUGGAUGCCAAGGAAAGCAGGAAAGACGGUGUUUGCUCUGCAUCCAAUGAAAAACAAGAUGAGGUACUUCUUCAUUGUAGAAGUAAGCAUCGAGAAUGGGAGGAAGACCGUCACUACACGCUCUCCUCUGAGGCUGGAGAACCACCUGCCGCGGCCGGUGCAGCUGCUAUGCGCCAGGUCGAGCCUCGAAGCGGUGGGAGUCUCUGCCGAACGCUACGCCAAGAAUCCCUUUCAUGGAACGCACGUCCGUCUGGCCACGCUGGCACCCAAGGAGGUGUACCACGUGCCCUUGUUCGUGGCUUACCAUUCCAAGAUCUACCUUCAGCCAAGUUCUGUCACGCAGGAUUGUGCAGGGUAUGAGCUUUCAACAGAUGGCCUCUGGUCCCAAGACAUUGCCCUCUGCCACAAAAGUGCCAAGUUCCUCAGCUGCAAGUCCAAGAACCCCCGGGACAAGCAACCUUUUUGGAUGAAGGUGGUCUGCAAAGAGUCGAGGGAUGCUCGUGUUCCUGCCCUAGGAACCAUGUUUGUGCCAAACUGCACCCUCCACGUGGUGCCUCCCAUUGUGAUUCACAACAGCCUACCUUACCCCAUCGAACUUCACUUCAAAGAAUCCUCCGAAGAAGUCAAGCUCGACGAGGGUGACCUGGUUCCCGUCUUUUCCAUUGCGCCAAACGAAGCGGAACAAGUUUCGAUUGAGGUGCCCUACUACCUCGGUUCAUCAUGGCGGGGUCAGCUGGAGCUGUCGGGCAACCUGGAGGAGGCCAAGGGAGUCCAGAUGCAGCCCCAGCAGGCUCAGCCCGAGCGCAUGCACCGCCAGCUCUGCAUCAGCAUCCAGCUGGCCUGUGACUGCAGCCUCGAGGUCUUCCUCUACUCCCCUUACUGGGUCAUCAACAAGACCGGGCUGCCCCUGCAGAUCAGGGGAUCCAACUCAGACGUCAUAUACGACAGCAGUGCCUCUUCGGAGGAGCUUCUCCUGUUCCGUUUCAAGAAGCGCAAGCACAAGAAGCAGGCGAAGAUCCGCGUCUACAACUCCAGCUGGUCGUCAUCCUUCUGUCUUGACACUGUGGGGAACAACGGAGUUGUCGUCUGUAAGGACAAAGAGAGGAACAAGAAGUACAGGUUCUUUUUGAAGAUCCAGAUGUCAAAGCUGAACCUCUCCAAGAUCAUCAGCAUCACGCCUUUCUUUCUGGUGGUCAACAACACCAGGCACUAUUUCAGGUUCAUGGAAGAGAAUGAGGCUGCAGACCUGUGGUUUGACAUUGGACCAUUACAGUGUCUUCCUUUUUGGCCUGACACUGAUAGCAUGAAGAUGUAUGUCCGGCACAAGGACAGCAAUGUUGCUUCACAGCACUUCUGUUUCAAGGAGGUCCAGAACACGGUGCUCCGGAUGGACAGUGGGUCUGCAGUUUGCGUGGAAGUUUCGGGUGGCGUUGAUGGGCCCAUGAAGAUUUCUCUAUUUCCAUACCACAAUGGCGAUGCCCCUGUGAGGGUAGAAAACCUCUGUGAGGACCUGUUCCUGAAGAUCCACCAGAAAUGCCUGGGCCAGGUGACCCUUCUGAGCCCCUACCAGUCGGUGCUAUACACCUGGGACGACCCCACCCUGGAGAGGACGCUCAUGUGGAACCUCUACAACAGGAAGAAGCCAGGCUUUAUGGCACACAUAGGGCGGGCAUGUGUUGCUUCUCAUGGCCCACAGUUUCAUUCUAGUCCCUUGUUUAAGAUAUUACCACUAUAUGAAUUCAAAACAAAUAUUAAAUUGUUUCAGGAUGGCUUCGGCAAGGAAAAGGUCUCAUUUCGAUCGUUGAGGCCGCCAGUCACGGUCAGCAAGAAAGCCAAGUCCUCGGUUGAUCAGAGCAGCUCUGAUGAUGACAGCGAGUCUGAAAACGGUGUCCUGCCCAAGAAAACGCGGAAGGACAUUGUCGUGGUUUAUUGGAUCUCCUUCCUGGAUCACCACCAGAGGGUGCUGCUCUUUACACAGGAUGAACGCAUUUGGAAGCACGCAAGAAAGGCGGUGGAUGGCGAGAAGGCUCAGCUGGAGUGCUUUGUGUCUCUUCACGGUGUUACAAUGUCCCUGAUGAACGGGGCCCUGGUGGAGGUGGCCCUGCUGAGCUUCUCGAGCAGCCCCGCCCUCUGGGAGGUCAAGGUCAACGACGCCUGGAAGCCCCUCACCCUGGAGCUGGCCUCGUGGCUCGAGUACCGCUGGCGCUCCCGCCACAAGAGCGCUGAGCUCAAGGACUACGUCCAGGUGGACCUUGAGAAGAUGCAGAUGACCAAGCCCUUCUACGGCUCCCUGCAGCGGUCUUACCGGCCGGCCCUCUGGCUGCAGUAUCGGCAGUCUGAGCACCAGGCCCUGGUCUUAGCAAAGGUCCACAGGCUUCAGCUUGACAAUCAGCUGCCAGAUGCCGUCUUCCCCACGGCAUUGUACCGCUUCAUGCCGCAAGAGAGGAAGCUGGCGUCCUCGCCGAGGCCCCUCCUGGAGGUGGCCCUCUUGGUGCACCACUCGGAGAGGCUCAACCUCAACACUGUCAAGUACUUGAAGGUGCUGCUGCAGGAAGUGUACAUAAAGCUGGACAAAGGUUUCCUGCUGUCUGUGUACGACAUCUUCAGCGGGAUUUUCACGGAAGAUGACGAGAAAACGAAGCUUAAAUCUGACAUGAAGUUGAUCUAUGCACCUUUGCAUCCCUUCAGAUGUGAUCUCGACACCUCGCGUUCUGGACGUACCGUCUUUGAGUUUGUGCACCUCUCUCCAGUGAAGAUUCACCUGAGCUUCAGUCCGAGGGGCACCACCCACAAGUCCGUCUCGGACUUUGGGUCCCUGCCCCAGGACAUUCUGGAUGUCUUCUUGAACUCCAUCGGUGCCACACUGAGCGAAGUCAAGGACGUGGAGCUUCGAAUGGCCUACUUUGAGCAGAAGGGCCGCCUAGAGACGGUGGGUGACCUGCUGACCGAAGUCAAGUCCCACUACAUCUCCCAAAUGGUGCAGCAGUGCUAUGUGCUCAUCCUCGGGCUGGACGUGCUGGGCAACCCCUACGGCCUUGUCAAGGACUUCACCAGAGGCCUGGGAGAUUUCUUUUAUGAGCCCAUUGCUGGAUCUAUUCAUGGCCCAGAAGAGUUUGCAGAGGGCCUAGCCAGAGGGGCACAAAGCUUGCUAGGUCAUGUCAUUGGCAGCUCUGCUGGUUCUGUCUCACUCAUCACAGGAUCUUUGGGACAAGUUCUUGCAGUGUUGUCCUUUGAUGACGACUACCAAAACAGACGCCGGCAGCGCAUGGAGCAGCACCCUGGCUCACUUCCAGAGGCGCUUGCACUGGCAACCCGGGGGUUUGUGCAUGGCAUUCUGCUGGGCGUGUCCGGAGUGGUCAUGAGCCCCAUCGCAGGAGCCCAGCUGGACGGUCCGGAGGGCUUCUUCAAGGGUGUAGGGAAGGGCCUGCUGGGUCUGAUCACCAAGCCAGCAGGAGGCGUCGUCGAUAUGUUCAGCAUAGCAUUUGACGGCAUCCGCCGAGCUGCAGAAAUGGGCAAGGGUGUCAUUGUGAGACACCGGUUGCCCCGGUUCAUCAACCCGAACCUGGGCCUGAGGCCCUUCUCGCAGUACCAGGCCACGGGCUAUCGCCUGCUCCUCCACCUGAGCAAGGGCCACUACUCGGAGACCGACGUGUACUGGGCCCACGCUCCAUUGGGCAAAGACGAACGGGCUAGCAUCGCCCUUCUCACGGACAGGCACCUCUUCCUGCUGGAGAAGUGUCGCUUCUGGGGCGGCUGGGACAUCCAGUGGAGCGUCCGCCUGGAGGACAUCCUCUCCGUUCCCACCGUCUCUGGGAACAGCCUUGUGAUAAAAGUGAGACAGGACGAGUCUCUGGCAAGUUUCACAGGAGACGAGCGUCACGUUGUGUGCGAGGACCAAGAAGUCUUGGAGUGGCUGAAGUUGAAAGUUGAGAAGGUUUUGCUGACCAACAUGGAAGAGAGGCCCUGCUCUCUAGACAGCUAGACAGAAUUCCCCUGACAUUCUUACUUAUUCUCCUGCAUUUGGGCACCGUCUACUAUCCCGUAGAACAGUAGUCGCAUCCGAGUGCAUAAUCGUCGACUUAUUAACGAGCCAUUCCUCGCUCUUUGUUUACCGACUGCAAAGAUAUUGAGCUUGCGUGGGAGGUACGAGUGUCCAGUCACACAUUCCGUUGGCACUGUGGCUUGCAAUAUGAGCAGAAACGAGAAGGAAUUUGGUUUUGGGUUUGUGCUUGUUGCGGUACUAUCAUUCCGGCUGGAAGAAUGUUGCGUGUAAAGGGGAAGCAGGACAGUUUGUUUCACAUGUGGUGCUUCAGAGGCGCUAAGAGGAUCCCACCAAGGGAACUUGCAUUUGUUUCAGCUCAAAUUGCAGGCCUUAGUGAACCAAAUCAAUGCUGCUCGUUUGACUACGCCUUUUCCCGGCCCUGAAAGUAUUUUCGCACUCAAGCGAGUGACCUUGAAUGCCGAGCUUUUCUACUUUUUUUUGUUUUUGGUUAACCACCAUUGAUCAUUGAAGAAGCCUGUAAUGGUGUCCCUAAGUGUUUUCUUGGUGUCCACGUUGUCGUACUAGGUGUAUAUAUGUACCUUAAUCUCUGCAAAGAAGAAAAAGAAUGCCGUUACCACUGACAAAAAGAAAUGGAAAUGGUAGGACAGGGAAGUGACUCUAUUCCUCGUGUUGAAUAGGUAGACAUGAGGUGUGCUAGUUAUACUCAUUUACAGUUAAAAUUUUCUGUCGUCAAGAUGCAGUAAGGACAUUGUUACCACCGGUGCUUAUGUUUAGUGAUGCGGAAAAGUAAUACUACUUUGCAGGUAGUAAGUCAAAACUACCUCAGAGAUUUGUUUUAGUCUACAAAAAUUGUAAUUUGCACCUGUGAAUACUUUUGUUGAAUGCUUACUUUCUUGGGAUGUUACAAAGUGUGCUCUGCAUUUUAGAAUCAUUUGUACAGUUAGAAAAUUCACUUUACACUUUUUCUUUGAUUGACAUUGAUGUCCAAGUUGGUCAUUUACAUUGUUUCUAAAUGGAAAUCAAAGUUUAUAACAUAUGCUUGUGUCUCCGAUGGUCUUCAAGCUUUUUCUACAAUGUUUUUGCGCAAGGGUACUCAGCCAAGAAGCAACCUCGCAUCAGCUAAGUCGGUCCAAGUUUGCAACGGUUUGACUGGCAUGCGUUGCAACAAUUAUUUAGGUCGCGUGGUCAUCCUGUACUCUAUUUAAAAAAAACAUUAUGACACCGCUCUUUACUACGUGAAUAUCCUGGUCGCACCAUUAUUUACUCUGCACUGACCAACUGACACUGUUCAGCACCAAUGCCAAAUGUAAACUGAUUUGUGUGUGUUGUGAGAAUAUGUACUGAAUAUGUACAUACUACUUUGUUUCCUCGUGCACACUGGAAGUCCUCGAAAUAAACUGCCAUUCCAUUUCUUGUUUGUCACAAGUGACAAAAGAUGGGUCAGGUGCCGAAGGUUGUUUCUCAUAUGUUCCUGUUGAUGCUUGCCUCGUCACCGUGUCAGAAUAUGCCGCCUUUUUGUGGUAGUGCUAGAGGAGCCGUUGUUAUGCUUUGUCACAAAAAUGUUGCCCUAUUAUUGACAAUCUAGUCAGCGGUUGAUAAAAUAAACUGUUUUGAUUUUAA